AUUGCAAUUCACUUCCGGGUGAGACCCACCGGGCGCCAUCUUACCUUGUUCGUGAAGAAGUGGAAGCAUCAGAAGGACUGGGAGGUAUCACAGGAACGGUGGCGACUGUAGUGUUCCGGAACGAGAGUGGGGCAUAAAUAAUUCUCGCUGUUAUGCUCUCAAGCUGUAAACUAACCAGCCGAAGUUUUAACCGGAAGUUGAGCCUCUGAGAUAGAAAACCAAUACAUUUUUCAGAAAGGAUGUGGGAUCAAGGAGGACAGCCUUGGCAGCAAUGGCCUUUGAACCAACAGCAGUGGAUGCAGUCAUUUCAGCACCAGCAGGACCCAAGCCAAAUUGACUGGGCCGCAUUGGCUCAAGCUUGGAUUGCUCAAAGAGAAGCUUCUGGACAGCAAAGCAUUGUAGAACAACCACCAGGAAUGAUGCCAAAUGGACAAGAUAUGUCUCCAAUGGAAUCUGGUCCAAACAAUCAUGGAAAUUUUCAAGGAGAUUCAAACUUUAACAGAAUGUGGCAACCAGAAUGGGGAAUGCAUCAGCAGCCCCCUCAUCCCCCUCCAGAUCAGCCAUGGAUGCCACCAACACCAGGCCCAAUGGACAUUGUUCCUCCUUCUGAAGACAGCAACAGUCAGGACAGUGGGGAAUUUGCCCCUGACAACAGGCAUAUAUUUAACCAGAACAAUCACAACUUUGGUGGACCACCCGAUAAUUUUGCAGUGGGGCCAGUGAACCAGUUUGACUAUCAGCAUGGGGCUGCUUUUGGUCCACCGCAAGGUGGAUUUCAUCCUCCUUAUUGGCAACCAGGACCUCCAGGACCUCCAGCACCUCCCCAGAAUCGAAGAGAAAGACCAUCAUCCUUCAGGGACCGGCAGCGCUCACCUAUUGCACUUCCUGUCAAGCAGGAGCCUCCACAGAUUGAUGCAGUAAAGAGGAGAACUCUUCCAGCUUGGAUUCGUGAAGGUCUCGAAAAAAUGGAACGUGAAAAGCAGAAGAAAUUGGAAAAAGAAAGAAUGGAACAACAACGUUCACAAUUGUCCAAAAAAGAAAAGAAGACCACAGAAGAUGCUGAAGGAGGAGAUGGCCCUCGUUUACCUCAGAGAAGUAAAUUUGAUAGUGACGAGGAAGAUGAAGAUGCUGAAAACAUUGAGGCUGCAAGCAGUGGAAAAAUCACCAGAAGUCCGUCUCCAGUUCCCCAGGAAGAACAUAGUGAACCAGAGAUGACUGAAGAAGAGAAAGAGUAUCAGAUGAUGUUGCUGACAAAAAUGCUUCUAACUGAAAUUCUGCUGGAUGUCACAGAUGAAGAAAUUUAUUAUGUAGCUAAAGAUGCACACCGGAAAGCAACGAAAGCUCCUGCAAAACAGCUGGCACAGUCCAGUGCACUGGCUUCCCUCACUGGACUCGGUGGACUGGGUGGUUAUGGAUCAGGAGAUAGUGAAGAUGAGAGGAGCGACAGAGGCUCCGAGUCAUCUGAUACUGAUGAUGAAGAAUUGCGGCACCGAAUCCGGCAAAAACAGGAAGCUUUUUGGAGAAAAGAAAAAGAACAGCAGCUAUUACAUGAUAAACAGAUGGAAGAAGAAAAACAACAAACAGAAAGGGUUACAAAAGAGAUGAGUGAAUUUAUCCAUAAAGAGCAAAAUAAUUUAUCAAUACUAGAAGCAAGAGAAGCAGACGGUGAUGUGGUUAAUGAAAAGAAAAGAACUCCAAAUGAAACUACAUCAGUUUUAGAACCCAAAAAGGAACAUAAAGAAAAGGAGAAACAAGGAAGGAGUAGAUCAGGAAGUUCUAGCAGUGGUAGUUCCAGCAGCAAUAGCAGAACAAGUAGUACCAGUAGUACUGUCUCUAGUUCUUCAUACAGCUCUAGCUCAGGUAGUAGUCGUACUUCUUCUCGGUCUUCUUCUCCUAAAAGGAAAAAGAGACAUAGUAGGAGUAGAUCUCCAACAAUAAAAGCUAGACGUAGCAGGAGUAGAAGCUACUCCCGCAGAAUUAAAAUAGAGAGCAAUAGGGCUAGAGUAAAAAUUAGAGAUAGGAGGAGAUCUAAUAGAAGUAGUAUUGAAAGAGAAAGACGACGAAAUCGGAGUCCUUCCCGAGAGAGACGUAGAAGUAGAAGUCGCUCAAGGGAUAGACGAACCAAUCGUUCCAGUCGCAGUAGGAGUCGAGAUAGGCGUAAAAUUGAGGAUCAACGUGGAAAUCUUAGUGGGAGCAGUCAUAAGCAUAAAGGUGAGGCUAAAGAACAAGAGAGGAGAAAAGAGAGGAGUAGAAGCAUAGAUAAAGAUAGGAAAAAGAAAGACAAAGAAAGGGAACGUGAACAGGAUAAAAGAAAAGAAAAACAAAAAAGGGAAGAAAGAGAUUUUAAGUUCAGUAGCCAGGAUGAUAGAUUAAAAAGGAAACGAGAAAGUGAAAGAACAUUUUCCAGGAGUGGCUCUAUAUCCGUUAAAAUCAUAAGACAUGAUUCUAGACAGGACAGUAAGAAGAGUACUACCAAAGAUAGUAAAAAGCAUUCAGGCUCUGAUUCUAGUGGAAGGAGCAGUUCUGAAUCUCCAGGAAGUAGCAAAGAAAAGAAGGCUAAGAAGCCUAAACAUAGUCGAUCGCGAUCCAUGGAGAAAUCUCAAAGGUCUGGUAAGAAGGCAAGCCGCAAACACAAGUCUAAGUCCCGAUCAAGAUCAGCAACCCCUCCCCGUCGUAAGCGCUGAGGAAUGAUGUUGGCAAGAAUGCCAUGAUGUUGUUUAAAAAAAUUCCAUGAGUUUUAAGGGCUUGUCUCAUUAUAGAGGCACAAUGUGGCUGUGUAGGUGAAACCAGAAUUUUUUUUUAAUCUGUAAAUAGGUGUACUUUUUCCAAAUGCUGCUCCAAGUUACUUAAUAGGAUUUCUUUGUAUUACAUUUUUUCAAGAAAUAGUGCAUAAGACUAUAAACAUGCCAUUCUCUUUCAGCUGUAAUGUUCUUAAAAUUAUUCUUGAAUGUACUGUGAUGUCAAUAAAGCUCUUUAGUUCAUUUUUGUUAAA